AUGUCCCUGUCCCGGUGUGAGGCCUUCACCGAGCACUGGAAGGGCAUCACUGGCUACUACCUGGAGGCCACGGAUGAGAGCACCCCAGCCAAGGAGACCGACAUCCCCUGGCGCCUCAAACAGAUGCUGGACAUCUUGGUGUACGAAGAAAAGCAGCGGCCGGCGGGGGAGGCCGGGCCAUGCUUGGAGUACCUGCUGCAGCACAAGAUCCUGGAGACCCUCAGCACGCUGGGCAAAGCAGAGUAUCCCCCCGGGAUGAGGCAGCAAGUGCUCCUCUUCUUCAGCAGGGUCCUGGGGCAGGUGCAGCAUCCCCUGCUGCACUACCUGAACGUGCACCGGCCGGUCCAGAAGUUGCUCCAGCUCGGCAGCGAUGCCCUGGGCUCCAGCACGGAGAAGGAGGAGGUGCAGUUCGCCGCCGUCCUGUGCACAAAGAUCAAGCAGGAUCCUGCCCUGCUGACGUACAUCCUGGAGGGCAAGAGUCUCCUGAAUGGGAAGAGUCCAAAGGUGCUGCUUGUCGGCCCCGAAGGAGAGGGUGGAGAGCAUCCGCAGGGAGCUGCAGCCGGCGGCCUUUCCCCAGCGGGGACCUCCCCUGCGGCUGAGCCUUCCCCGCCGCGGAGGGAGAGCAACCUCAUCACCUCCUUGCUGGGACUGUCCAAGAGCCAGAAGAGCCGGGUUGCGCUGAAAGCCCAGGAAAACCUGCUCUUCCUCGUGGGGCUUGCCCAGGAGGCUGCCGCUGCCUAUCUGGUGCAGCACAGCGCCCUGUGCCAGCUGGUGACGGAGCACCUCUGUGACCUGUACGGCGCCAUGCCCGCCUGCACAGACCCUGCUGACAUCCUCGCCCUGGAGAGAGCCAGCUGGAGGUCGCAGGGAGAUGCUGGCGGUGAUGGUGCCUUCCCGGGGAAGGAGAGCCUGGUGGCGUUCUUCAGCUGGCUGGAUUACCUGGACGAGCUCGUGACGGGCGCACACCCAGUCGUUGCGGAUGCCGUCACCGAGGCCGUGUGUGAAAAGCUUUUCCGGGGGAUCCUGCAGCCGCAGCUCCUGCAGAUGUCCGAGCUCACCAUCCUCACGGCUACGGCCAUGCUGACCGGCAUAGUGCGGCAGAUCCGGGCGCCCGCCCUGCUUCGCGGCCUCGUGGUCCAGGCAUGCCGCACUAACGCAGCCGCGUGGGGCUGGCCGCCGGCGCCCCGGCCCCUCGACGCCUGCCAGCCCGAAGCGGCAUUUUACGAGGGACACUUCCUCAAGGUGCUCUUUGACCGGAUGACCCAGAUCCUGGACCAGCCCUACAGCCUGAACUUGCAGGUGACCUCGGUGCUGUCCCGCCUGGCUGCCUUCCCCCAUCCCCACCUGCACGAGUACCUGCUGGACCCCUACCUGAACCUAACGCCUGGCUGCCGCUCGCUCUUCUCUGUCCUUGUCCGGGUGAUGGGGGAGCUCAUGCAGAGGAUCCAGCGUGUGCCGCAGUUCAGGGCCAAGCUGCUCCUGGUGCGCAGGCAGCUGAUGGGGCUGGUG